UACGACCUUACAAGUACCGGCGUCUCUGCAUUCACCAUUAUUUUCAUACUUUUCAGUUACUGUUUCAAGAAAGUCACAGCAGAGAAGAUUCUUCACCAAGGGGAACCAGACAAAAUUUUACGUUUUUGAAGUAUAUAGAAUCUCAUCAUAUACUUUUUACGUUACUUCAUUACUUCAUCAUUACUUUUUAUAGUAAAGGACAAACAAUGAAUGGAAAUAUUAAUGGACACUUAAAUGGACACUUAAAAAAUGGCAACGUUUGUGAAAAAGUAAAUGGAAAUUCCGAUGAAAAGUUCAAUGGAAAAACUGUUACCAAAUUCAAUGGAAAAUUAACUAACCUCAAAGGUCAUGAAAAAUGCAUGUUCCACCACGACCUGGAGCUGGACCACCGACCGCCGACCAGGGAGGCCCUCCUUCCAGACAUGUCUUCGUCCUACAGGCUCCUCCUCACCUCCUUGGGCGAGGACCCAGACAGGCAGGGACUGCUGAAGACACCGGAGCGUGCGGCGAAGGCCAUGCUCUUCUUCACCAAAGGCUACGAUCAGUGCAUAGAAGAUGUGCUCAAUGACGCAGUUUUCGAUGAAGACCACGACGAAAUGGUUCUCGUCAAAGACAUUGAGAUGUUUUCUAUGUGUGAACAUCACCUCGUCCCGUUUUAUGGGAAAGUCUCUAUAGCAUAUUUACCCAAUAAGAAGAUCUUAGGCCUUAGCAAACUAGCAAGGAUUGUCGAAAUUUACAGCCGACGACUCCAAGUUCAAGAGAGGCUAACAAAGCAAAUCGCUCUGGCAGUGACUAAAGCUGUAGAACCUGCUGGUGUAGCUGUUGUCGUAGAAGCUGUGCACAUGUGUAUGGUGAUGAGAGGAGUACAAAAAAUCAACAGCAAGACCAUGACAUCUACUAUGCUUGGCGUCUUCCGAGAUGACCCGAAAACCAGAGAAGAAUUCCUAAACCUCGUUCAAAGCAAAUAAUUUUCAACAAUAUUAUACUCAGCCAUUGUUGAUGUAUUUAAACCCUGUUUUAAUGGUAGAUUAUCUGACAGUUGGAAUUCCUAUGACACGACAAUAUUUAACACCAUUUUUCAUAAAAGACAAUAAGAUUUUAUAAAUAAUCAAGGAGUUGUCUCUUUACAAUCGUAACAAUUGUGGACCAAAGUAUUUUGUCUGUUUUUGGAUUUUUGUUAAGAACAUCUUUACUUGGUACAAUUUUUUAUUAAAUACUUAUUUUUUAUAAAUGUAAUUUUGUUUUUUAAUAAAUCGAAUAAAAAGAACACCAUUUUACAUGCAGUGAUGAUCUGAUGUGAAAUUCUUAAGUGUUUCUUUUUGUGUUAAGAGCUUUUAGAUUUAAUUUGUUAUAAACAUAUAGAAAUAUUUGUAUAAGCGCAUGUCCCAUUUAUAAACUAUAAGAAAAUGUAUUAAAGCUGUUAGAUAUAUAUUUUCCUUGAAUUUACAAUAUGGACCAACCCUUGAUAUAAAUUUAUAUAUAAAUGAUAUUGUUAAAUAGUAAGUUACUAUAAUUUUAAACAAUAUAAUAAAAUUACGUAAUAGCUAUAUUUAAAUAAUUUAUAAAAAUUAUUUAAUAUUUAUAAUGUUAUAAUUUAUAUGAUAAAUUCUAUAAUGUUCUAAGUUUUAUCAAAUACAUUUUACUUGAGAACUAAUAGUAUUUU